UAACUUAAGUAGACUCUUACAGCUUAAUCUGUUCGUUAACGAACAUAAGCUAUAAUUACAGCUUUUGACGAUAAAUUUCUGGAUGUUGACUAUUUUGUUUAUUGUAUACCUACCUCUUCAAACUGUAUCCGUUUCCUUGAAAAUUGGAUUAGACAUUUUAAUUAUCUCUUUAUAUGCGUUAUACGACUUUUUUCGCUUUCGCCUGUGAAAAGACAAGCGCUGUUUGCCAAUUCUGAAUCCGCCUCGAACUUCCUACUUCCUCCUCUUCGGCGACAGUGUCGGACCUAACUCUGUAUCUGACGCACGGAUUUUCACCAAAUUAAGCGAAUAUUCCCUUUUCCUGAGCGUGAAGUUUUGUACUGAUAAAUUUGAGUUUUGGAACUUUUGGAAGUUAGCUGUAUCAUGAGUGACAGAGAUACGAUCGUGUGCGGCAUCUCUUUCCUCAUAAUUGGGACCGUCGCCUUCAUCGUGGAAAAAGGGAAAAUGAACCUGGGUUUGGGAAUUCCCACCGGAGGAGCAACCAUUCUGGCAGCAGCUGCAAGCAUUCACACAACCAGAGGAUUUGGAGGAUACCGCACAUCAGUUUUCAACCCUGGAUCCAUCCUUCGAAUUCUUGGACCUUCAGUGAAAGUUGCUGUACCCUUGACGCUCCUUUGGGUCGUUGCUUGCUCCUUCAUGGGUCUUCUCCUCUUGAAUUCGGUCAAAGUGAUUUCUUGUUGGAACGGUGACCAGCAGUGCAUUGUAAAUGCUGAUACAGUGGAAGAAGAUGAACUGAGUGACUUGUUAAUUUUAGCAAUAUUAGAACUGACUUUGACUAUACUAACAUUUGUCGCUGUCUUUUCCUUAUUGAGAAUUGACUGCAAAUACGACCCGGACUGACAUCCGCCACCCUCUGAAGGGCAGAGGGGAGGUGGGGUUAGCGUUAUAGGAGAAAUUGGAGGUUUUUCACUAGCGCCAACAUCAACGACUUGUGAAAGGGUAGGAAGAGUUGCAUGGGUAGCAUGAAUUUCAAAAAUAUUAUGAAUGUAUGAGGGUAGGUCCCUUAAACACUGAUACACCCCUUUCAUUGGAAUAUCACAUUCUGUUCAGAAAUGAAGAUGCACUUAGUAUUCUUGAAUGUAAAUUGGUAUAAU